AAAACUUGAACUAUAAUUGUAGGGCUUUACCCCGAAGGGAGCCCUUCCAGAAAUUCUCAAAAGCCUGGGCCAAACCCAGGCCUUUGAGGGGGUUUGGAAAUAGUUUUCAACCAGCAAUAGACGCGCCUCGGUUAGAACCUCACUAGCUGCGUCAUUGCCCCAAGCGCAAAGAUACGGAGCAUCGUAGCACCCAUCUCCUUUUGUAGUCCUCGUUUGCCUCCGCUAACUAGUAUUUUCCCGAUGUGGGACUAAAAGUCGGACCACAAAGGGCAUCUCAAAGUCAAAGAUUUAGUGGGUUGUUUAGGGAGCAUGGUAGCGUUCUUGGCAACUUUGAAUGAUGGGAGAUGAUAACAGUACCUUCUCGUCUCUCACUUCCAUUCUCCUACAUUAAUCACUACCCUCUGAUUCUUUACAAACUCUUCAGCCAGAGCAAAACCCACAAUGCGCUUUUCCCUCGAUUCUUCUCCCCGACGUGUACUAAUCAAGAACCACUUGUUUCCACUCUAAUUUUUGCUAUAAAGUCUUGCUCUUCCUUCUCGUACUGCCGGUCAAUUCAUGCUCGUGUAGUCAAAUCUGUAAAUUGCAAUGAUGGGUUUAUUGGUGAUCAGUUGGUUUCUGUGUAUAUCAAAUAUGGCUGUGCAGAAGAUGCGCAGAAGCUGUUUGAUGAAAUUCCUAAUAAGGAUGUUGUCUCCUGGAAUUCGUUAAUUUCGGGGUUUUUGAACAGAGGGUUUAUUGGUAAGUGCCUUAGUGCAUUUUUCACAAUGAAGUUUGAGAUGGGAAUGAAACCUAACGAGGUUACACUGUUAUCUGUAGUCUCAGCCUGUAGUGAUAUGGGAGCUCUAGAUGUAGGCAAGUACGUUCAUGGGUAUGCACUGAAAAUGGGGAUGUUGUUGGAAACUAAGGUUCUUAAUUCUCUUGUUAAUAUGUACGGGAAGUCUGGGUAUUUAGAUGCGGCUUGUCGAUUAUUUGAGGCAAUAUCCAUUAAGAGUAUUGUUUCCUGGAAUUCAAUGAUCAUCAUUUACACCCAGAAUGGGUUUGCAGAAGAAGGUGUGAGCUGUUUUAAUUUGAUGAGAACGGCUGGAGUUAAACCUGAUGAAGGUACUAUGGUGGCCUUGCUUCAGGCUUGUGAAGAUUUAGGUGUAGGAAAACUAGCAGAGGGCAUUCAUGGUGUAAUUUUCAGCUGUUGUCUUAAUGCAAAUGAAAGAAUUGCAACUGCGCUUUUGAAUUUGUAUGCGAAGUUGGGGAGAUUAAAUGAAUCACACAAAGUUUUUGGAGAGAUGAUUCAUCCAGAUAGAGUAGCUUGGACAGCCAUGCUUGCAGGCUAUGCUGUCCACGGGUUUGGAAGAAAGGCAAUGGAGCUCUUUGAAAGCAUGGUUAAGGAAGGUUUGGAGCCUGAUCAUGUUACCUUCACGCAUUUGUUAAAUGCCUGUAGCCAUUCAGGGUUUGUCAAGGAAGGAAAGUAUUACUUCAAGAUCAUGUCUGUAGUGCAUGGAAUUGAGCCCCAGUUGGGUCACUACUCAUGCAUGGUUGAUCUUCUCGGCCGCUCUGGUCUUCUGAAUGAUGCUUAUGAGCUGAUUAUACACAUGCCAAUGGAGCCUAAUUCUGGUGUUUGGGGGGCCCUCCUUAGUGCUUGUCGGGUUUAUGGUAACAUUGAGCUUGGAAAAGAAGUUGCAGAGCGACUGAUUGCUUUAGACCCAUUAGAUCCCCGAAACUAUAUCAUGCUUUCAAAUAUAUUCUGUGCUGCUGGUCUAUGGAGAGAUGCUUCAAAGGUGAGGGCUUUAAUGAAGGAUAGAAGUCUCAUCAGAAACCCCGGUUGCAGUUUUAUUGAACAUGGAAACAAAAUCCAUAGAUUUGUAGUUGGUGAUCGAUCUCACCCUCUAUCGGAGAAGAUACAUGUAAAAUUGGAAGAACUGAUUGGAAAGAUUCGGAAGGCCGGAUUCGUGUCUAAAACUGAAUUUGUUCUACAUGAUGUUGAAGAGGAGGUUAAAGAGGAUAUGAUCAACAAGCACAGUGAGAAGCUAGCCAUUGCAUUCGGCCUUUUGGUGACCAAUGCAGGCAUGCCGUUAAUCAUAACAAAGAACCUUAGAAUAUGUGGUGACUGUCACAGCACUGCAAAGUUCAUAUCUUUGGUUGAGAAGCGGACCAUCAUAAUACGAGAUUCAAAGCGAUUUCACCGCUUUGACAAUGGAUUGUGCUCUUGUGGUGAUUAUUGGUGAAACUUUGCAUCAAGCAAAAUGAUGAUUUACAAAUUACAGCAUGAGUAUCGCAUAACAAUCACUUGAAUGUAAGAAACCCUCAUGGAUCUCUCUGAAACAUAAUUAUUGAUUGGCUGAUAUAUAUGGCUUAAUAUGAGAUACACAUUUGCAUCAA